GGGAGUCAGACAGGCGACAAGCAGUGCGGGGUAAAGGCUGGGAGUGAGAGGCUGAGCCAAUGAGAAGAAGACUUCCACUCCUUCUCUCCUGCCGGGCUUGGCUCACUUCGGCGCGCCCUGUAAUUAGGAGCUCCACUUGUGGCUUAGGCGCCGCCACCGUGGACCGCUUUAGGAAGGCCAGCUCCACACUCUUUUUCUUUUCUCCUCCAAACACUCGCCGGGACGUCGACAUCCUCAACAAUGAACGGGCAGCCGUCACCUGCGUUCGAGGACAAGAAGCCGAACCUCCGCGCGUCCCCGAGCCUUCCGGAGCCCUCCCCCGCAGACAUGGGCUUCUACGGCGGCCACGGGGCGCUCCAUGGCUCGCAGGAUUUUUACGCGGCGCAGCAGCCCUACUCGGCCCAGCACAUGAGCCCGUACUCGUACAGCCACUACAACCUGAACGGGAUGGUCCCGAGUGGAGCCUUCUCUUGCGGCAAAAGUGAGUACACCUACCCGCACUCGGUGUACAGAGAGCCGGGGUGCUUCAGCAGAGAGGCGCCACCAACACUGCCGGACACAGUGAAAGAAGAACCGGAAAUGGAGGUGCGGAUGGUCAACGGGAAGCCGAAGAAAGUGCGGAAGCCCCGGACUAUUUACUCCAGCUACCAGCUGGCCGUCCUGCAGAGGAGAUUCCAGUCCGCCCAGUACCUGGCCCUACCGGAGAGGGCGGAGCUUGCGGCACAGUUGGGUCUGACACAGACACAGGUGAAAAUAUGGUUCCAGAACCGUCGCUCCAAGUUCAAGAAACUCUACAAGAACGGAGAGUUUCCACUGGGGGACAUGGCUUUGGAACACAGCCCAGAGGCCAGUGAUUCAAUGGCGUGCAACUCGCCUCCGUCCCCCGCCGCUUGGGAAAACAACACCAGCAGUAACCCCAACAACAACAACAACGACGACGACAACGACAACAACGACACGAACAGCAGCAGCAGCAUGAAGAACAACACAAUGCUGGACCCCACCAGCAGGGGGCAGGAAUCUUACCAGCCUCAGGGGGAUGACUCCUCUUCAGUCUACAUGGAUGAGUACACGCACCAGAAUUGGUACCAGCAGCAAGACACACAUUUAGGUCUGCCAGCCGCUGGCCCCGCCCACCACGCACCCCCAUCGGCACCGGCAUCCACGCAAAGCAUGGGCGCCGUUUACUGAGUCCCUUACAAACACUUUCAAUGGAUCUUUCCAACUCCAACUUACUGCGCCUGAAGUGGUAAUAUAUAUUUUGUCGUACAUCGAUCCACACUGUGCCUUAAAUCACAAGCAAAACUGUAGGUAAGUACCUACUGCCCUCUAGUGGAGGAAGAUUUUAAUAUUCUCCCUGCUGCCGUGCGUCACUCGCAUAGUUCCAUGACUAAGACUCAUUUUCGGACCAUUUAAGUAAAACUGGCACAGUGGUUGGGAGUCCACUGCCUUAUAAACUAUCACACGUAUUCCUGCAGUUGCCUGUAAUCUGCAUCAUUUGUAAAUAAUAAUGACACAUAUCUUUCCCUUCACAAUUUUAGGAUGAAAAUAACAUAUAUUGCAGGAUUUUACACUCGUUUUGCUUUGUCGCCUACAAUAUAACAACAAGUUAUUAACAUAGACAAACAUUGGAUGGCUUUUAGUGUCUUUCAUUUACAAAAUGUGGCAAAAAUCUUGACGCUGCAAAAAAGAGCUGUCAAAAUAUAAGAUAAGACUAGAUUUUAGGGGAAAAUUUAUAAAAAACUAGGGAAAUGAACUGUAGCUGCAUGGACGGAUCAUUUUACUCGAUAAGACAUACAAAAUGUAUAUUUGUAUAUCGAGAAAUUAGCAGGACUUUUAAGUAUUUUAUUCUGAAAACCAGCAUUAUUUAACGUGCAAUUCUUGAAUGAAGCAUCUUCGAGAUGUCGCAGAAUCUUUGAACAAAACAUUUUUAUGUGGGGGGGAAGAAAUAUCUUAUGAGAAUAGUUAUUUUCUCAAUUUUAACAUUUUUUAAGUAGAAUAGAACAAUAUAUAUUUAUUCAUGCUGACAUUGAGAUUAGUCAGUGACUAAAAAAUAAGUAAAUAGCUCUUAAAACUAGGGACAUUUCUAGAAACAAACUUUUAAAACUUGGCAUGGGGCAAAUAACUUGUACUAUAUAUCCUGGGAACUAGUGUCCACUGUAGUGGGCAUUUGUAGUUUUUUGUUUUUUUUUUCCUAAAAUUUGUAACCCUGACCUUUUAGAAAAAGACCAUCAACAAACGUCCACUGGAGAAGACGCGCAGGCUAUCCACUUUCAGUUCAAAACUCGGGAUAAUCUAAUUUUGUACAGCUGAUUCCUUAAAGCACGAUAGCGCUGUUUGUUGUAUAGAUGAUCUUUGACAGUACUCCUGAUAUUGAGAGGAACAUGGACCAGGACAUGUUGCUGUUUGAAUUGAUGAAUCGCUAUUUGGUGAAGUACAAUACAACGUUCUAUCCUCCUGAAAGUCCACUGCAGUGGACUUUUUUUUUUGCAUUAACAGGAAAUAUCUUUCUCCAAAAAAAGAAAUGGACCAUAAACAAAUGUCCACUCCAGAGGGCGCUGGUUCUCAGGAAUUUCCAAAAUAAGACUAAUAGUGUGAUCCUUAGGUCCGGGGCCUACAAAAUAAAUGAAACAUGGAACAAAACCUAUUUAUGUCCUAUUCAUAUAUAUAU